UGUAGUGAUGAUCUGCAGUCGGCCAUCUUAUUUGAAGAAAAGUCGCUUGAAGUAAUUUUACCGGAGUUUAAUUUUUUGCGAAAAAAUGGCAAAAGUAUCAGAUCAAGAACUAAAGAAAGCUUUCUCAGAGCUGCAGGAGAUGAUGGUGGAUGCAACGCAAAAGUUAAAACUCGCGGAUGUACAAAUUGAGACGUUAAAACGUACUAAACAACGAGGUGAAUUAACCAUCAAAGAGAUAACCUUACUUCCCAGCGAGACACGCACGUAUGAAUCUGUGGGUAGAAUGUUUCUGCUGGAUGAUAUUUCCAGUAUCAAAUCAGGUCUGGAACAACGUAUAAAAGCUUCUGACGAGAAGAUUAAAUCCUUGGAGUAUAGCAAGACAUUUUUACGCAGAAAUCUCAAAGACAGUGAGAAUCAUCUUCGAGAAAUGGUUCAACAGCGGCAAAGCAAGGAGACAUCCAAUUGAUACGCUUCUCAUCUUGCUGUUAUAAUAAGCUACAACCAACAUUUCAGCGACAGAAUAUUGAAGGACUCAUUAAUUCUUUGCAUUUAUCUCAAUUGUUAAUGACAAAUGCAGUGCGACAGACAGAAAACUUUCAUCGGACUCUGAUCAGCAAUUUAUAGUUAUAAUGCUAUUCAAAGCCAUUUAAAAUGUUAAUAUUAAGAAUCAUCUUUAUUUUUUUUCAACUCAACGUUAGCAAUUAUUUAUAUGUCUUAAAGAUGAUACAGAACAGAUAUAACAUUUUAUAUAUAUAUCAUAAUUACAAGUAACAUUUGAAUUGUAAUUCUACACUUUUCUGACAGGAAUAAAUAAUGCUUGCUAUGA